AAAUGGACUGGGAGAUUAAGAGGUCGUUGAUGAAGCUGAUCGAGCGCCGGAAAAUCGAUACGAAGGGCGUAAUGCAAGAGAAUGGGGCCAAGAAUUUGGUGGGAUUGAUGAUGCAACCCUCUUCUAAUAUCACCGUCGACGACAUGGUUGAAGAAUGCAAGACCUUUUUAUUCGCCGGCAAACACACCACUUCCAAUUUGCUGACUUGGACCACUGUUCUUCUAGCAAUGCACCCGCAGUGGCAGGUUCAGGCACGUGAGGAGGUGAUAAGGGUGUGCGGAUCACGUGCUGUUCCCACCAAAGAUGAUGUUGUUAAGCUUAAGACGGUAAGCCCCUAAGUCCCCCCACCCUCUGAAUUAAAGACAAGUAACAUCAUGUCUUGUCUCAUAUAUAACUAUCAAAACUAUAUGGUUAUUAUUAUUAUUAUUCUGGAUUGCU